AUGGGGUCUGCUGCGGCAGACGAGGAAAUGAGUCGACAGACGUUGCAAGAUGGGUCAGCAGACUUGCCCUGCCUGACCUGUCGUGGAUUGUUCUCCGCAUACUCCAUAGAUGGACCUUAUAGGGAUCCGAAGACAGGGUACUGCGUGGUUGCAGCAUUCGACGAACCGGGAGAGGUAAUCGCUAGUUUCAAGAGCAUGGGCAUUCUAUGCCGAGUAUUUGGCGGACACGGAGGCUACAGAGACCAAAAUAUUGCGCGACCUCUUUUGCCAAAGGUGACCUCUGGCAACGUAGUGGCGAUCCCCUCUCGCGACACUUUUCGAUGGAAAGGCGAAAACCUCAGUGCAGAUGAAGUGCGAGCCUUCAUAUCGGGAACGCAGGACGUAUGGGACGUCGCGGCGGUUGUUAAACAGCUCAAGAGCUACGAUGGGCAGGUCGGUGCCGUCGUCAUUACUUUCGACGGCUCACCCGAUAGCGAGAUCGAAGGCCGAUUCAUAAAGGGAUUAUAUCACGCUCUGAGGGGAAAGGGUCUGCCAGAUUAUGCCCUGCCCAAGCUUGUGGCCGUUACAAAUGAGCUUGUGGCAGUCGGCGACACGUUCAAGCAUGCCAAACAGAAUUUUAAGGGCAUAGAUUGGAGUCCGGCCACCUUGGACAAGGGUACACGGAAGUACUGGCUCGAUUCUGAAGCUAAGACGUCCAAACCGAUCAAUGCGAAGAGCGGGGCCACCAUCGAAAAGGGCCAAGCCAAAUUAUGA